UGUUGAUGAAUGGCAGUCUCACCAACAGAAAUCUCAAUAGUUAUAAACCAAUCAUACGAGCAUCUGAAUAUAAUUUACCUAUAACAAGGGGCAUCUUUCCCCAAGAAACCUUCAUGUCAAUUCUUUCGAUGUCAGGUCGCCGCCAUUUUCUUAUCACGGGACUGUCACGUGACGUUAUAUCUGAGCUGCGUUAAAUAAAAAUAGGGAUUGGUCAUAGAUUUAUAACUCUGUGGGAUUGGUUUGUAGGGAGGGAAAGUAAACGCUGCCAGUUCUGGGCUCUUUCAAAUUUCCGUGUUAUUGCAGCUAUUUUAAUACCUGAACAAUUCCAUUCCAUUAGUAUAUAGUAGAUAAACAAAUUAUUAAAGGACAAAAUUAAAUACUUUUAUUCCUAUGGGGUGCGGUUAGUUUAUGAAAACAAAAACAAAAUGAUUAAAUGUAGUUACCCCCCUUUGUACAUUAUGUCUUCAGUAAACUUCAGACUUUGAACCCAAUGCCCAACAGAUCGCCCAAUGCCAAGGAUUGGGACUUAAGAUUGCAAAAAAGGAAGAUGUCGGGGCAACAGGCUUUUAGUUAUGUCGAGAAAUGUCUCGAGUCUUAUAAACACGUUUUUAAUCCGGAUAUUUUGCGAGACAAAGUUGUAUUCAUAACUGGUGGAGGUUCUGGAAUAUGUUUUACUAUUACUGAAGUUUUUCUUAGACAUCAGUGUGAUGCUGUAAUUGUUGGUAGAAAUGUAGAGAGAUUAAGAAAAUCAGCUGAUACAUUAAUGAAAGCUACUGGUCGAAGAUGUUUGUAUUAUCAAGUUGAUGUUAGAAAGCCUCAAGAUAUUUUAAAUGCUAUAGAUGAAACAUUGAAAGUAUAUGGGCGAAUAGACUAUCUUAUAAACGGAGCUGCAGGAAACUUUCUUUGUCCACUUGAGAGUAUGUCGUAUAAUGCAUUUAAGACUGUAAUUGAGAUAGAUACAUUGGGAACGUUUAAUACAAGUAAAGCUAUGUAUGAAAGAUACUUUAAGAAUAAUGGUGGAGUGAUUAUUAAUAUAACAGCAACUCUACAUUAUAGAGGCCAGGCAUUACAAGCACAUGUAGGUUCUGCUAAAGCUGCUAUAGAAACACUUACACGCCAUAUGGCAGUGGAAUGGGGACCUGAUAGAAUCAGGGUAAUGUGUGUAGCACCAGGACCUAUUGCUGAUACAGAGGGCAUGAGAAGACUAGCUGGAGGUGUCCUACCUGAGGCCUUAACACAGGGCAUUCCAAUACAGAGAAUUGGAGAGAGAGUGGAAAUAGGAAAUGUUUGCUUGUUCUUAGUAACAAGUAUGGCAGAAUUACUAACUGGAACAGUUGUAGUUGCGGAUGGUGGUUCUUGGUUGGCAAGUUCAAAUGAUUUUGCUCAAAGGUCUAAAUUAUUUACUAGUGUGUCAAACAGUUCAAGAUCUAAGUUAUAGUACAUUGGUUACUAUAAAUAUGAAAAAAGCUCAGGGGUAAAAGUUUCAUUUUUUGAUUCUUAUGAGCAUACUGUCCAAACUGAAAAUUAAAUUGCAUUUAGAAUUUUUAAACAUUUUUUUAUAUGCCCACAUUUUCAUUUGAAUAUAUCACCUUUACUCCCUAAUGAUGGUUGAGUUCGAAUUUCGCGAAAAUCAGACCAAAACUGACGAAUGAAAUGGCCACCCCUCGUACGCAAAUAGUGUAUAUAUGGUAUAUCAAGGUUGUGGACACUCUAGAGGCCACAAUUUUGAUCCAAUUUUGAUGAAACUUGAAAUACAUGUUUAUAACCUGAAGAUCUUGGAUCCUUUUGAUAUUCAUGUAUAUUGGAUCGUAAGUUCCUGAAUUAUGGCCCUUGAUUGUACGAAAAAUCACAUUUUUAGCUUUUGGUUCCUCUAGAGGUCCCAAUUUUUAUCCUAAUGAAAAAAACGUUUGAAUAUUUCACUGUUACACCUUAAUGACGGAUGAGUUUGAAUUUCAUGAAAAUCGGACCAAAACUGCUGGACAAAAUGGCCACUCCUCGUACCCAAAUAGUGUAAAUAUAUGGUAUAUCAAGGUUUUGUACCCUCUAGAAGUCACAAUUUUGAUGAAACUUAAAAUAUAUCUUUAUAACCCAAAGAUCUUGGUUCCUGUCAAUAUUCGCCUACAUUGGAUCAUAACUUCCUGAAUUAUGGUCCUUGAUUAUUGUACGAAAAAUCGCUUUUUGUUUAGCUUGUUCUCUUUCCAUCUCUUGCAAAAUGUGGGCGUAUCCUACCUGGCAGCCGCUGGUUCUUUCUAUAUGUCAUGCAGAGUUUUGUAAUCCACAAAAACAAAUUAACUAUUUCUAAUAGAAUAAAUGGUAUUAUGUAAAUCUGUGAAAAGGUAGUAAUAAAGUGGCUAUUGAUUAUAUAGUGCUUUAACAGGUGAUAUAUUGUUACAUAUUUAUGGGUGUUUUUGCUAAUAAGUCCUAAUGAGAAAAAACUAUGAUAUUACAAUAACUGAUUAUCAUAAUGAUUGUUACAUGAUCAAUGCAUGUUAUUUAAUCAAAUAAUUGUUACAUUUUAUUGGAUAGUAAAUGUGAUUUUGACAGGUAAAUUGAUUUGAGAGGGUUGUGAUUGUGCAUGUUAAUGUAACACAUGUUGAAAUACAUAUUUCU